CUCUUGGAAACCCAAAUAGAUCCUUCACCCUCUGACACCAUGGUCAACUCCUGUUGUGGCUCUGUGUGCUCUGACCAAGGCUGUGGCCAAGACCUCUGCCAGGAGACCUGCUGCUGCCCCAGCUGCUGUCAGACCACCUGCUGCAGGACCACCUGCUACCGCCCCAGCUACAGUGUGUCCUGCUGCUGCAGACCCCAGUGCUGCCAGUCUGUGUGCUGCCAGCCCACCUGCUGCCGCCCCAGAUGCUGCAUCUCCAGCUGCUGUCGCCCCAGCUGCUGUGUGUCCAGCUGCUGCAAGCCCCAGUGCUGCCAGUCUGUGUGCUGCCAGCCCACCUGCUGCCGCCCUAGCUGCUGCAUCUCCGGCUGCUGUCGCCCCAGCUGCUGUGUGUCCAGCUGCUGCAAGCCCCAGUGCUGCCAGUCUGUGUGCUGCCAACCCAACUGCUGCCACCCCAGCUGCAGCAUCUCCAGCUGCUGCCGCCCCUCUUGCUGUGAAUCCAGCUGCUGCCGCCCCUGCUGCUGCCUGCGUCCAGUCUGUGGCCGAGUCUCCUGCCACACCACUUGCUAUCGCCCAACCUGUGUCAUCUCCACCUGCCCCCGCCCCAUGUGCUGUGCCUCCUCUUGCUGCUGAGCCCACUGCCCUGGCUCAUCUCUCCCUUCACCGCUGGUCCACAAAUGUAGACCAUUCUUCUGUGCUGAAUAUUAGGGCACAUGGAGUGGGAUUGAUGUCAUUCAGCAGGGCGGACUUCGUGUUUCCAAUGAGCCCAUCACCAUCCCGCUGACUCUGUGAGAACAUUCUGGUUCAUUUUAAACUCCCUCCCUUGCUUUCUUUUUCUUCCCGUCAUGGCACCAAAUACGAAUUAAUUUGUAAUCCACUAGCUAAGAAAUAAUUCCAAUCCUCUAAAUUCCUCAUUUUUAAAAAUCAUUUUGAGCCUACAGAAUAUCCAUCCCAGUGAGGUACACAUUAUCUCCCUUUCAAACAUACUAUUUGUCUGUCAGCCUUUCAGUCAUUCUUUUCUCUUGGAAAGGUAGGAGGCUACCCCUCCCGUGCUCUCCCGCUUUUUGCCUGCUCUCUCUUUCUCUCUCUGUUCAAGUUUGCCAGAAUUUUUCUAUUUUAUUAGUUCUUUAUCUUUAUUGUGUUCACAAAAUAUAUUGUAUUAAACUUUUCAUUUAGAAA